ACUCUUCUGAAGGAAACUUAAGGGCACAGUUACUUUGGCUCAGGCUUUUAAUUUCUCUUCUGUUUGGUUUCUUUCAUGUGUUGUAAAACUCAUCUUGCUGUCUUAAUAAGUGGCCAAAGGAAUCAGUACUGCUGUGUAGCCAGAUGUCUCGCUUGGUCUGAAUCCUGGGCUCUGGACAGCCACAGCCUGCCAGAACAGAAAUCUCAGCGUGAACUUUCUGCACUGAGCAAUAUGUAUGCAGAACAUAUGCAAAUGUGUGGUCAUGUAAAUUUUGUACUCUGUUCACCAUGCCUUUUAGAGCUAUUAAGUAACUGGCAAAUAUCUAGGCAGUGAAUAGUGUCUUUUUGGCUGCCUUGUGAAUACUAAGUCUAAGACUUUCCUGGUCUGUUACAAUUUUCCUUUCAAAUUUACGGUAAACUGUACAGUUUUCUCCUUUUUCUCAGGGGGAAUUAGAUUUGCUCUUGCAUUUGAGGAUCCUGAAGAUAGCAUUUGUAUAAAACAAUUGCACAACAGAGCUGAAGGCCUGGAUUCCUGCCCUGUCUGCCACCUCUGUGAACUUGGUAAAAUGAAUCAGUAGGUCACGGUCCUGCUUUUCAGCCGUGCUGCCAGCACCGUCUCAUGCUUCACUAGAGAAAAUAAGAAUCUGGCAAUGGGCUUGGGCCAUGAGGAAGGAUUUGGUGCCCCCUGCUUAAAAUGCAAGGAAAAGUGUGAAGGAUUUGAGCUUCAUUUCUGGAGGAAAAUAUGUCGCAACUGCAAAUGUGGCCAGGAGGAGCAUGAUAUCCCGUCAAGCAGUGAGGAAGAUCGGAAAGUGGGGAAACUCCUUGAGGAUACAAAGUACACAACCCUCAUUGCAAAGCUGAAGAAUGAUGGCAAUCCCGUGUAUAAACGCAAUGUUAUGAUACUGACCAGCCCAGUGCCAGCCAAGAAGAACAUAACCAUCGAUACUGUGACUUAUGAGUGGGCUCCUCCUGUUCAGAAUCAGACACUUGCUAAGCAGUACAUGCAGAUGUUGCCCAGGGAGAAGCAGCCUGUUGCUGGCUCGGAAGGCGCGCAAUACAGGAAGAAGCAGUUGGCAAAGCAGCUGCCUGCUCACGAUCAGGAUCCUUCAAAGUGCCACGAGCUUUCCCCCAGUGAAGUUAAGCAUAUGGAGCAAUUUGUGAAGAAGUACAAAAAAGAGGCACUUGGUGUAGGAGAUCUAAAGCUCCCUGGUGAUGUGGAAGUGAGAGCUCCUGAUGAGAAUAACUUGAAAAACGGUGGUGGCAGAGGUACCUCAUCUGCUGUUGGAACAAUGGAAAAGUCCCCAAAUCAAAAAGCAUCUCAAUAUUCCUGCUAUCACUGCAAACGGAACAUGAAGGAAGGUGACCCAGCUGUCUAUGCAGAACGUGCUGGAUAUGACAAAUUGUGGCAUCCAGGUUGUUUCGUCUGUUGCACCUGCAGUGAACUUCUAGUAGACAUGAUCUAUUUCUGGAAGAAUGGUAACCUGUAUUGUGGGAGACAUUAUUGUGACAGUGAAAGACCCCGCUGUGCUGGAUGUGAUGAGCUGAUAUUCAGCAAUGAAUAUACUCUCGCGGAAGGGCAGAACUGGCAUCUGAAACACUUCUGCUGUUUUGAUUGUGAUUGUGUUUUGGCCGGGAUAACCUAUAUAACAGUGAAUGACAAGCCAGUCUGCAAAUCCUGCUACAUGAAGAACCAUGCUGUGAUCUGCCAAGGCUGUCACAAUGCUAUAGAUCCAGAGGUUCAGCGUGUAACGUACAACAACUUCAACUGGCAUGCUAAGCGGGAAUGUUUCUUGUGCUCCUGUUGCAGCAAGUGUCUAAUUGGCCAGAAGUUCAUAUCUGUGGAAGGAAUGCUUUUCUGCUCAGUGGGAUGUAAGGAAAAGAUGAUGUCCUAAAAGAAGACAUGCACAGAACUAAUCAAGUAUUGCUGUGUUCCAAAGGCUCUUGCAUUUCUACUGUAAAAUAUAUAGUGUCAGGGCAUUUAAAAUUAUUGAAAGUAUUAAAUAGCAUUUCCCAAAGAUUUUUUUUUAAAUGUCUAAAACUUUCUAUGUAAUCCUCAUUUCUUAGCUAUAAUAAUAUUUUCUCUUUUGGAAUACUGUUCCUGAGUCUUACUUCAAAUUACUUCAUAUCACAGAAAUGUAAGAGAAAAAUGUGUUACAAACUCUGUACAUUCUAAGGGAGCUCUUCACUGUGAAGAAUCUUUCUGCUGUAUCUUGUCUAAUGGAACAAGAAAAUGUGAAAAUGCUCCGAUUUAUCUUGUUUUGUAUGAUAAAUUUAACUCUUCCACCUCUGGUUUCACUAAUUUAUCAUUUUUAUAGGUUUUCUGCUUUCAUCAAGCACUUUAGACAAAAUGAUGAGUUUUACUGCCAAGUACAUGUUUUCCUGACUAAGUAUGCAGGGAGAAUGACACUUAAAAAAAAUUGCCUUCAAUAAUUUCUUUGGUUUCGAGACGUGAGUUCUUGGGGAAUAGUAACUUCUCAUGUCUAGUUUUGAAAGUAACUCCACCAGUAGAAAAAUGUUGGCUCAUGGUUUUUUUUUUUGCAAUUGUUCAUGUCUGGAAAAGCUUUAAUUUUACAAAUACUAAAGUUUUGUUAUAGAUUGGGUGUGCGGGGUGUUGGUGUUAGAAAAUAAGAGCAGGUCUUGCUUAGAUCAAAAAAAAAAUUGCCAGAAGUAGUGGGUGUCACUUCUAGCCUUUCAGAACUGGCUUCUGUUUUAUAUCAUGAAUGUUCCUUUCCUAAGUUGUGCCUUCUAUCAAGAGGAAUGUGGCACAUAGUACUGUAUGCAUUUCCAAGAAUGUAUUUAUGCAAAUGGGUCCUGCUUUUGAUUUACAAGUUCUGAACCAAAGCAUGAAGAAGUCUUUCCCAGAAAACUUCCAGUAUUUGUGUGAAAAAAUUCAUAGCUGUGUAUUAGUUUUGCUUACUAGAUAAACCAAAUGUGUGGCUCUUUCUUUUAUUUAAUAACUAUAGACCUACAGUGAAGCUUCUUAGACGUCUUUGUGCCAAACACUGAAUGGGGAGUCUUUGGCCUGAAAAAAAUAAUAAAAUAAUUAAUUUUUAAAGAAAAGUCUAUGCAAGUCUUAUGUUCAGUUCUUGUAAGUUUUAUGGUGAUUGUAUUGUAACACCUAUAAAUAAAAAUAGUGAUUUUCAC